AUGGAUAAACAUCACUUUUGCUUUGGUUGUGGAAAAGUUCGAUCUAAGGCUUUCCAGAAGAAACACAAACCCAAACCUGGGCUCCCCCUUCUACCAAACUACUGCGGAAAAUGUACUGCCGAAGUAAGGGUAAACGAAGGUUUGGACGAGAUUUCAGUUCUCGAAUUGACAGCACAGUCGAUUCGACCUCCGGAGCACGAUGGCAGUGUUGCAGAUACUGCUUCCUCCACUGUUGCUGACUUAUUUAGACACGGCUCACCACAUUGCAAUUCAGAUUUGCCAUCAGAGGAACUUGGUGUCAAAACAUCAAAGUCAAGAAACCCAGCGAAGCUCCGCCUUGGCCAUGCAUCGAUUGCAAAAAGUUCAUCUGCUCCGGUCAGCCCUGCUGAAUCGUCCCCCUUUUAUCCUGGACGUAGAUCAGGCUCGGCCCAGCGUCGAGCACAAAGAGAACCGGCACCGCACAUCAACGGCGAGCACCGACGAAAAACUCAUCAUUUGGUUGUUCAAGGGGAGUAUCAUGCCCCGUAUGUUGAGGAGGCAGACUCCGCUUCUGAAAACAGAAUGUCUCUCAGGAACCACAGCCGUGUUGAAAGUCUAGGCGAUGAAGCUUUCUCUAAGCAAUACCGAGAAAGGAGUGGCAGGAAGAGCAGAAAGGAAAGGAUUGGAACGGAGGGCCAGAAAUUAGCUCCGAUGCAGAUUCCGGGUGUCAUCUAUGAACGCACUGCAGCUUUACAAUCCUCCAAUUCGUCGGGUGAGGGAACUAUACAAUGCGAUCUCCGUAUCGACAGCAGCGGACAACACCCUAAGUUGAAGAUGACAAGGGAGAGUCCGCAGUAUAAUCCACAAGAUCUUCCUCAUCAAGGCUCGUUCCAUGAACCGUCCAGGUUCUCAAAGGGCGUCUUCGGAAAGAGCAACAAGGAUAGUGGCUGUGGUUCUGGCCAGGCGAUUCGGCAAAAGUCGCCACUUGCCGACAUUGAAUGCUCUCAUUAUACUACAACAUUCAGCAAUAGAGAAGAUGAUAAAUCUGAAACUCGCACUGCUGCUGCUGAAAAGCCUGAACCGGCCCGAUUUCGGUCAUCUCGAGGGGCGUUUGGGCCGGACUACAGUCCCAAACAGUCUCACUUCAGUAUGUUUCAAUUUGGCCGGACAGGCUCUAAUCAGUCAGGAACCAGAAGUCCAGAUGCAACAGAGAACAAUAGGUCGGCGCCGAGGGCCGAGUGGGAAGAAAACAACUCGCAAAUCGGUACGGGCGAAUACUCCCAGCCAGGUCAUAGAAAUUCAACCGCCCCGUCCUUUUCUUCAGGUUCAAACGCCAGCAAGCCUACAAACAAGUUCAAACCACACAUCCCCAAUGAGACAGCAUACGCCCGCUCCGUCUUCACAGAUUAUUCCCGCUCUACCGAUAAUCCAUACUACAAGCCCCGAAGUCGCCCAAUCCACAAUGCCACCAACAGCGAGUUUUGCAGCACAUGGGACUGGAAGAGCAACAGGGGGGCGAGUACCCAGAACCCAAGACCCUAUGACUGGCACUUUCACGAUGGUGUACCAGAGCCUAUAAUUGAGGAGCCAGCUUCGCCGCCUUCGUCGCCUGUCCAGCCAACAAAACUGCUUGAGUUUCACAUUCCAAGGGACGACUCCUCAUUGUGGAAGCCCGAAACCGAAGAGGAUAAUAAUUGCUUAGCAGAACGUAUCGAUCUUGACCCUACUGUGUCGUUCUCGGAAGUCACCGAGCCUAUGAGCGCAAUUACGCAAUAA